AUGUCUGAUCCGUCGACUCCAUCAGCUGAUGAGAAAGGCUUCGUGGCGUCGGAGCAGAGUCUCGGCCAUGGACAAUCAUAUUCCAGGCCUAGAGGCGAAGUCUAUGAUAUCGCAGGUACUGAUCCUGUCCUGUCGAGGAAGAUGGCUGCUGUCAACGACGCUAUUGAUGAGAUUGGCCUCACACCCUACCACUGGAAGCUGUUUUGUCUGAACGGCUUCGGAUAUGCAGUGGAUUCGAUUUGCGGGCAGAAUGCUGACGCGGUAUUGCAGAUGUUGAUAGUGCUGCAAGGUAUCACGCAGCCAAUGAUCGAAUUAGAGUACAAGAACCCAAACAAGCAUAUCAAAGGUAUCAGCUUGGCGUCCGCCAUUGGUCUCCUGGUGGGUGCACUCUUUUGGGGGUUUUUGGCGGACGUGAUAGGCCGCAAGGUUGCUUUCAACAGCACUCUUUUCAUAUGCGCUAUCGCGACCAUUCUGGCUGGCGCCAUGCCAAAUUAUGUGUCGUUUGCAACAUUCGUAGCGAUCGCAGGUUUCAGCGCAGGGGGCAACUACAUUCUUGAUUCCACAGUCUUCCUCGAGUUUGUGCCUUCCAACAAGGCAUGGCUGGUGACCUUACUUUCCAUCUGGUGGGCAAUCGGAUAUACCGUAUCGGGUCUUUUCGCGUGGGCCUUCCUGAGCAACUACAGCUGUACAUUAGCCCCAAAAGGCAAAACGCAAUUACCUUGCCAUCGUGCCGACAACAUGGGCUGGCGGUAUCUACACUGGUCAUUAGGCGCUCUGGUCUUUGUGCUUAGCAUCUUGCGAUUAACCGUCCUACGGCUCCAGCAUUCUGCGAAGUGGCUUAUUACGCAAGGCCGGGACUCGGAGGUUCUCGACACCCUCCAAAAGAUAGCUACGACAUAUAGACGACCCCUCAGCCUCAAGCUCGAGGAUCUGUUGGCUUUGGGAGAGGUGGCAGAUGCGCGCACAUCAGUAUGGUCUCCCCGACGGCUCAAAGCACAUGUCGGGCAGCUCUUUCAGACUCACAAGUUGGCCUACUCAACCUCCAUGUUAUUCCUCGUAUGGGCGAUUAUCGGCAUCGCAUAUCCUCUGUUCUAUGUCUUCCUGCCAUACUACCUCGCCUUGCGUGGAUACCAGGCGGGGAAAAGCAGCAACUACAUUACCUGGAGGAAUUUUGCGGUCAACCAAGUUUGCGGGCUGUUUGGACCCAUCAUCGCUGCGUGGCUGGUCCAGCAGAGAUUUGUGGGCAGAAAGGGUACUCUGGCUAUAGGAGCGCUACUUACGAUGGCCUUCCUGUUUGGGUACACGCAAGUCACUAUAUCGGAGCAAAAUCUUGGUCUCGUUUGCGCGAUCAGCGUUGUGUCGUAG